CGACAGCGUCACACACCCAGGCCUGUUCAUCAAACUCUCCUACAUCGUGUGUUAUGAGAUAUUCAUAUGGGAAUUUCCAGCGGGUGUUUGACUUGUGAGAUUAUAUAAAGCCGGGCGUCCUUGCAAAGCUGCUAUUCCAAUAAUGAGUGUCUAUCCGUACCGUCCGUCUUUCAUUUGAACGUUUUUAUUAUAUUUCACAUCAGGCCUUUCACUUCGGAACUCGUUACAACAGGCUUAACAUUACAAAGAUAUGAUACGAUCCAUAGCACUGAUUACUCUCCUUGUUGAGACUUGUCUCGCCUUCCCGCCAUUCAGCAGAGGAUCGUACACACUCAAAGUGAGCGGAGAACGUAACGGAUAUGACACUGACGCAACACCGAGCACAGCUAACACAAACUCGCUUAGUUUAGGUGACGUCAUGAUGCAGACUCUUGCCAACCAAGGGACCAAUGUUGUGGUGAGUGACAGAUACGAGUACACAACUGACCCGUCCGAGGGGGACUGGGAUCUGUUCCGGGCAGUCUCGCAGCCGUCUGGUUUACUACAACAGUGUUUGUCACUGACUUCAACCGGCAUGCAUCAGCUGCUAUACUGUAUCAAGCUUUUAUCAGACAAAGACCAACAUCAGUCAAACAUUCAGACAAAAAGAGGGCCGCUUAAGCUCAACCCAACAGGAUGGAAGCGGAAAAAGAGGAGUACGAGCGAUGACGUACAGAGAGAAUUAGAAAAUAUUAGAAUUCAGUCGAUGUUGAAUCAAUUGCUGGAAAAACGGCAAAAUGCAAAUCCUCGUUUUAACCCGACCGGCUGGUAAUAUAGACGAAGCUACCCCGGUAGUAGUGGUAACUGUUUCCUGUGUGAAAAUGCCACUCCGUCGCAUUAUCUCUUCUGUCUGUUUCAUUUGUUGUUAUUAAAUGUGUGAAUGAAUGA